AUGGCUGAGCUGUCCACCUUAUCUUCUUCACCACCUCCACUGGGUGAUCCUCAUGGAGCUCCACCCAUGGUUCCAUCUCCAUCAGUGCUGCCCCGUUCCACCAAACCUGCUGCUGACUCGGUCAAGGAGACUCCCCUUCCCAAGUCUUCCCUUUACGACGACAAAGCUUUGACUGGAAGCACUCCUGCUGCAUUCUCAGGAGGUUCACCUCUGACUCCCAACCAGUCUAGAAGUCCCACGAAGCUUGCUUCUGAAACUUCUCCCCCACCUCUGGUACAGAAAGCUUCUUCUCAAACAGGGGAAUCAGCAGGGAAUAAAACAGAGACUGGAGCUAACAUUAGUAAGCUGGAAACGGUGGGCGGUGACCAAGCUGUUGCAGAACACUUGAAUAAACCUUCAGAACUGGCAGCAGAAACCUCAGCUCAGAGAACGGUGCUGCAGGUUUCCCCAACUCCAGACCUAAAUCCUGGUCCUAACCAGAAUGUCAGUUCUAACCCAAACCCUGUUCUGGAUAAUGGUCAGUUUACCCAGAGUGUAGAUUACAACCCCACACCUGCAUCUUCAGCAACAUCAACAACGGAUGAGGAGAAACCUCGGCCACUCCAACAAGCACAAAAACCUCAAACUGAGCCUCCUGCUCCUUUGUCCCCAAAGCCUGAUCCUUCCAGUCAAGCCAGGAAGGAAGAAUGGCCCACUACACCGAGCAGAGCUGGACAGUGUAGCCCUACUGUCCCCCUGAUCCACGAACCGACCUUCCCCUUGCCGAACGCCAAUCGAAAGCCGGCCCCCGACAACCUCAGCUAUCUAGAAUCAGCCAGCCUGAUGUCAGGAACGUUGGAGUCCCUGUCCGGAUUGGGAGAAGAUGGGAGUUCUAUCGGCUCAGACUCGGAGAUCAACGGUCUAACUUCCAGACGCACUGAUAAAUAUGGCUUCUUGGGCGGGAGUCAGUACAGUGAAGGGAGCGACAAGGACGUUCGUGUUGAAGUUGCCAGGCAGAGGGAGAUGAAAUGGCUGGACAUGUUCUGUCACUGGGAUAAGUGGAUCAAGCAUCGCUUCAUGAAGGUGAAGCUGCGCUGCAGGAAGGGCAUUCCUUCUUCUCUCAGGGCCAGAGCCUGGCAGCUGUUGUCCAACAGUGAGGAGCUUUUAAUGGCCAACCCUGGAAAAUUUGAGGAGCUGGAACGAGAUCCGGGCGAGGCUAAAUGGCUGGACAUUAUAGAGAAGGAUCUUCACAGGCAGUUCCCCUUCCAUGAGAUGUUCGCUGCUCGUGGCGGUCAUGGGCAACAGGAUCUGUACAGGAUCCUGAAGGCCUACACCGUGUACCGGCCCGAUGAGGGCUACUGCCAGGCCCAGGCUCCUGUGGCCGCGGUGCUGCUGAUGCACAUGCCUGCAGAGCAAGCGUUUUGGUGCCUCGUCCAGAUUUGUGAGAAGUAUCUUCCUGGUUACUACAGCGCCGGGCUGGAAGCGAUUCAGCUCGAUGGCGAGAUCUUCUUUUCUCUUCUGAGGCGUACGUGCCCCAUGGCGUACCGCCAUCUUAAGAAGUUCAAGAUCGAUCCGAUUCUCUACAUGACUGAGUGGUUCAUGUGCAUCUUCUCACGCACGUUACCGUGGUCCUCGGUCCUGCGUGUGUGGGAUAUGUUUUUCUGUGAAGGAGUGAAGAUAGUGUUUCGUGUGGGCUUGGUGCUGCUCAAACAGAUGCUGGGCUCCGUGGAUAAACUGCGGGAGCUUCAGGGCAUGUACGAGACAAUGGAGCGCCUCAGGAACAUCUCACCUGACACCAUCCGAGAGGACGUUCUGGUCCAGGAGAUCGUGUUGCUCCCCGUCACCGAGGCUCUCAUUGAGAGGGAGUGCAGCAUCCAGGUGAGGAAAUGGAGAGAGUCGAGGGGGGAGCUGAUGCACCAGCCCGGCCGUCGCCUCCAUGGCACAAGAGCUAUCUACGAGCAUAAGCGACGCGCUGCCUCCAUCAGCUCUGGUGGCAGCCUCUCGUUCCUGGGAAGCUCCGUCCCACCACCAGGACCCCUCAGGGCUUCCUCCAGCCUUCUCUCACUCCCUGGCUUCCGGAGGUCUAAGGCUCCUUUCUACGCCCAAACUAAGAGCUCCUUUUCAGGCACUUCAGGCACUGAAGCCCCGCCUCCUCAGUCUCCACCUGGAAGCUCGAGCCGAGGCCCCAGCCAGAAACCACCGAUUCCUCCGGGUCAGAAGCCGACAACACCCCAUGUUCAAAGUCCCUUAGUUGGGGCUGAAUCAUCCCAAGAGCCCCGGCAAACUGCGGAGAGCACCUCAACUCGCAGCCAGCCUGCUUCUUCAGCCCCCAUCCACAACACCCCCCCGCCCAACACUCUGUCCCCCACCCCCGUGAUCGUCUCCGAGCAAAUCACUCCGUCUAUCCCGUCUCCCACCGCCAACAACGCCCCCCUGCAGCCGUGUCCAGAGUCCCAAAAGGAAGCAGCGCCGGCGGCCUCCGCGGAGGAAGAGGGGAAGAGGAAGAAGAGAAGCAAAGAAGACAAGAAGAAGGAAAAGGAGGACGAGAAGAAAAAGGUGAAAGAGAAGAAGGAGAAGGAGAAGGCCGAGAAGGAGCGGCUCAAGAAGGAGAAAGAGAGGCUAGAAAAGGAGAAAAAGAAAGGGGGGAAGAAAAAAGACAAAGGGGGAGGAGAGGCAGAGGACAAAAACGGAGCUGCAGCCGCGAAAGAAUCGGCCUAGUUUUUGUCUUUUAGCUCGUUGUACCCCCCCGUCAUUCCAGGAUGAAGAAAAGGGAGGCUGAACAAAAAGAGGUCAAACAGAUCAAAGACCUCCAGCAACAGAAAAAAGUCGUUCUUGUGAAAGUUGGGGCGGCCUCCUGUGUGAUGUGGGUUAACAGCUG